UGCAUUCUGGUGGUAGAAGCUGCGACUUUCUCGCGAAAUAGGUCCCAUGAAUUGCGAACAUUGCGAGGUUUUGUAAGCUAUUCAGGUCGAUAAAUGUCAUCUGUUCUGAUGUAUGCGAUAUAUGCCCAUAGGUAAUAACCCGUAUAAUAAUGUCAAUAUCGUCAAUAUGUUGUUGCGGUGCAAAGGAGCAUUUUAAUCGCCGUGCCGUUUUUGUUUGUCAGUUUAAAAAGUCGAAGUAUAUAUUGUUUGGUUGAAAGGUAAAAUGGCCAGCCGCAUUGUUUCGUCUGCUACAGUUAAGGCGGUAAAAGGAAGACGGCUUAUGCAGUCUAGGGCUGCUUUAGUUUUGACACCAGCAGCUGUUAAAAAAAUAAAGGAGAUCCUGGCUCAGAAAGUGGACAGUAUUGGACUGAAAGUUGGUGUCCGACAAAGAGGAUGUAAUGGUCUGAGUUACACAUUGGAAUAUGCAAUAGAAAAAGGGAAAUUAGAUGAGGAGGUGGUUCAAGAUGGAGUUCGGGUUAUCAUUGACAAGAAGGCCCAACUGACACUUCUUGGCACUGAGAUGGAUUAUGUGGAAACAAAACUGUCAUCAGAAUUUGUUUUUAAUAACCCAAAUAUUAAAGGAACUUGUGGUUGUGGUGAAAGCUUUUCAGUUUGACAAUACGUUGUAUAUUUUAGUAUAUUUAUAAAUUAUUUAAGUUUUUCAUUUCUCAUUGUUGGAUAAGUUUUCACUUUAUUGUUAGUACAACAAGACACUCUAAAAAGUGACUUGUAAAAUUUCAGUGAAUGAUAACAAAUACAGAUUUUUUUUUUUUACUAAUGGUGUUAAAAGACCUGUCAUGUUCAUAAUAAAUUAAGUUUAGAAUGUUGGUCAUAAUAUGUGAAAAGUGAUAUUUCAUAGUUGACUACUAUUUUUCUUGUUGCCAAAGAGUGUGGAAAUUUCAGUUUUAAUUGUGUGUUCAAAUUGUAGAAAGGAUUGUGCACAUUAAAAUUGAAGUAUCUGAGAAUA